UGACACCUGUGGCCAGAACAUAAAGGGAGGCCCUAAUCACCCACCUCUGCCUGCAGUGUCCAGCAUUUUGUUGCACAGUCCUGACUACUUCUAGAAAUGGCCCCCAAGAAGAAGGAAGAGCCAAAGCCUGCUGCACCAGUGGCCCCUAAGCCCCAAGAACCGGAGCGCCCAAAGACUCCUGAAUUUGACCCAGCAACAGUAACGCUGGAAUUUACACCAGAACAACUUGAGGACUUCAAAGAUGCUUUCCAGCUGUUUGACCGAACACCAAACAAUGAGAUGAAAAUAACUUACGCCCAGUGUGGGGACUUGAUCAGGGCUUUGGGCCAGAAUCCCACCAAUGCAGAGAUCAUGUAUGUCCUUGGGAAGCCCAAAGCUGAAGAUAUGCAGACCAAGAUGCUUGACUUUGACCAGUUCCUUCCAAUUUACCAACACAUCUGCAAAGCCAAGAACCGUGGAACGUUUGAAGACUUUGUUGAGGGUUUGAGAGUGUUUGACAAGGAAGGAAAUGGUACAGUGAUGGGCGCAGAGCUCAGACAUGUGCUGGCAACCCUUGGUGAGAAGAUGAGGGAGGAUGAAGUGGAGCAGCUGAUGCAAAACCAAGAAGACGCUAAUGGCUGUAUAAAUUAUGAAGCUUUCGUAAAGUACAUCAUGGCAUCAUAAAAUGGCCAUUUGAGCCUUAAUGUGAUUUUGGUGCUACAUCUGAAGACACACAAAAAGCCAAUUGGAGUAAGAGAAAAAGUCAUUUUUUCCACUGCUAAGCAAGGAUUUUGUCACCUUCUAAAAAGAAGGAAUCUACACGUCUGUCAAAUCCACCUUGAACAAUUUUCAUUUGCAUGUGUCAUGAAAGACAAAUUCAUAAAUGCUUCAUCUCAUUUUUAUAUUAAAAGAUUACCCAAAAAACUGCUUAUAUGUUAGUACUUCUGAAGUGUCACAGGGAAAUCAAUUAUCCUAAAAUUAGUUAAUUAAUGAAUGCCUGUAGCCAAAGUAAAAAGUAAAAAAAAAAAUGUUCUUAGCAAAUCUGGUAUUACAUAAAAAAAAAAUAAAAAUAGCAUUAUCAUCAUAAUCAUCCAAAGGGCAACAUUUUAUUAAUUAUCCAAAGGAUAGGUAGUGAACUCCCCUUUCUAGCCUGCAGAGGGUGGUGUUGAUCAACAUUUCUAUAUUAGGCGGGAUGAUUACUUUGAUAUAUUUUUAAAACUAUUUUUUAAAAACAAACCUGAUCGAAGAUCAAAAUGAGGUUCUAUGAUUAGAACAGUCUUUUUAAUUUCACUUAUGACAGUUUUAAAGUUGUUGUUUUUUCCUGAAUGCUUUGCAUUAACAACUUCUCACAUAAUAGUUUCAUCUUUUUCUUAAACUCCUUCAAAACUCUAGUUUUGUUUGGUUUCACAUUUCUUUAAUUUGCAGAAAUGAUCAGCAAUUCAUAUUUGAAAUAAAUCUAAAGUUGCUGAAUUUUUAAUAAAUCAAUUUGACAAGAAAAACUAGAUCAAUUAAUCAUAAUGGGCAUCUACUAGCUUUCUUCCAAUUUUUUUCUUCUUGAGCAGUGGUUGUAUAAAAUGUGGAACAGUGAAUGGGCGCAGAUGAAGUCUUGCUUUUCCAAUUAGUCUGUGUUUUAUUCAUAAGGGUUUAACUGCAGUGCAUCCAUUUUUUGUCUAUAAGAUUAUAAAUAGGAUUUUUGGGGAAGUCUCAGUCUGCACACACUCUUAUUAAUUUCCUAUUUCUUUAACUUUCAUUAAAUGUACAUGUUUCAGCUGAUUUCUAAGCUGUGACUUAUGAGACAUUUCCUACCUAGUUCACAUUAAAUCACUGCAUACACUCAGGCUCAUUUUACACAGAGGUUGACAAUCCUCAAUGUGUUUGAUUCCUGACUUGAAUUCUCUGCCCACUUUUUUGUCAAGACAAUAUUAAGUAAAGCAGACUGAUUCCUUAACAUUGUUUAAAGCAAAAAAGAUACAUAAACUAGGUGGAGUUACUAUUUUUUACCACCUAUAACGGCAAUGUGUUAGGUUUUUUACAUGCCACCUACUUUGAUCUGCUGUUUCUCACCCUAUUUUACACUUUUCUCUGUAUAUCAGCUGUCUUCUCUGUGAAACAAGAUCAAAUUUCCAAAACAAGAAUGUAGAGAAAAACACAGAACAGGAAAAAAAAUAUGUAUAUAAUCUUAACCAGCAGGUGAGAGGACAAAGUAAAAGCCAAGACAGAACACUGAGGGUCAAAACAGGAACUGAUGAGUCGGAGGGAAGUUCAGAGAAGAUGGACAUGCAUGGUGAUGAGUACAUAGAUGAUCCACAGCUGUGUGGAGUCAGUCUGCCAAGAAUCCAGAGCUCCACCUACAGAGAGAGGAAGUGGUGACCAGAGGAUACUGUCAUAAAUAAAUAUGGGAAGCGGAAAAAGAAACAAGACAGGAAAGACCACCUACAGCUAGAGGAGGAAAGUACAAAUUUCUUCAGCUUUGAUACUAAAAACUAGCAGCUAGUUUCAAUUAUUUUAUUAUUUAAAGACAGUUUUGGAUUCUUUUGGGAGUAAGCUUAGAAAAAAAUACAUUGUGAAUAUAAAAGUCUGAAAAAGAUACAUAAAGUUGUUGUUUUUACCACCAAAAUCCACCUUUCAGCCAGUCCCUGGCUGAAAGGUGAGAUUUCAUGUAACAUACCAAAAGAAAACUAGCUUGAAUAAUUUUAAAAAAUAUACACAUUUUUAUGUGUAAAAUUUAUACACAUAACUGUGAAAAAACCUUAAAUCGACACUUUCAUGAACCACCUUUUGAUUUCGUUUUAGCAUUCAGCUUUUUUGUGUUCUGUUAGUAAACCAAAUCACCUCAACUGGUAGUUUUAGUUCACUUAGUCUUCAGAGUACAGAUUGUUAGGACGUUUCUUCUCUACAGUAAUCUUUUUGUGACUGCAUAGAUUCUCUCUUAGAUUUAGUUCUGAACUUUGGCUAGGCUGUUGCUAAACCUUAAUUUUCUCCCUGUGAUGGCAUUCUGUUGUUGAAAAAUAAAACCUUC